AUUUGACAUCGGAAAAGAAAGGCACCAGACAUGGCUUGUCUCUCUCUCCCUAAACCCUCUCUCCCCUCUUUCUCUCUCUAGCUAGGUCUCCAACCUAUCCCAUUUCUCCUUCCCCCUUCCAUUCUCCUACCUCCCCUUUCCCUUCCUGGCUUCCUCUUCAACAUUCUCCCUUCCCCAGCUCUCUCUCACUCAAUCAAAUUCUUCAUCUCUCUAGCUCAUGGAGCCAUUCUCUCACUUGGGUGGAUCAUCCUCAAGCUCAAGAGCAACUGCCUUCAUGUACUUGCCCUCUUCAACCUCAACUCCCUCUACUCAACAACCACCAUCAAUAGCUUUCUACAAUCCUAACCCUAACCCUAACCAGUUGCCGCCAAAGUCUGAGCCAGCAGCUGCAGCUAGCUCUUCUCAAAUUCCGUACGCCCGUCGACUUGUAUCAACCGAUGACGAAACCAUCAAGGCCAAGAUCGUCUCUCAUCCCCAGUACUCCACCCUUCUCGGAGCCUACAUGGACUGCCAAAAGGUUGGUGCUCCACCCGAACUGGCGGCGAGACUGAGCUGCCGACGCGAUGCCAGCUCAGCAGACCCAGAACUAGACCAGUUCAUGGAAGCGUACUGUAAUAUGCUUGUAAAGUACAGAGAAGAGCUGACGAGGCCGUUGCAAGAGGCCAUGGAUUUCUUGAGGAGGGUCGAGUCUCAGCUCAAUUCAAUCACCAAUGGAGCUACUGCUUCAAUUUUUUCUACCGAUGAGAAGUGUGAAGGAGUUGCUUCGUCUGAAGAAGACCAAGAUGGCAGUGGAGGUGAAGCUGAACACCCAGAGAUUGACCCGCGAGCUGAAGACAAAGAGCUGAAGCACCAUCUACUGAAGAAAUACAGUGGAUAUCUGAGCAGCCUAAGACACGAACUCUCCAAGAAGAAAAAGAAAGGGAAGCUCCCUAAGGAGGCUCGACAAAAGCUUCUUAAUUGGUGGGAGCUGCACUACAAAUGGCCAUAUCCAUCA